AGAGACGCGGAUACAGAGAUAACGCGAUAAAAAAGAAAUCAUUACACCAAGACUACAGUGAUUGUAUUGUAUUGUGUUGUAGGUAGAAACAAAAUUUUGACACAACAGAAAAAUAAAAUGGAAACGGAGUAUUUGCUCAUGUACAUCAUGACGUUUUUGACUGCAGUUGUGGUAUUUUGUGUGAUGUUUUUCAUUUCCACGGAGAGCAAUAAGUUAAGAAGAGAACUGGUAGAGAGAGGACGAUUGAUACGACUGUCAGGAUAUCCAUUAUCCAGUAGGAGAGCAAGCGAGAUAGCAGCCUAUGUGCAGCAACAUAUUACUAGGAGUCCUUUAGGGCAAGAACCCCCACCUCGUUACGAACCUCCACCAUGCUACGAACAGGCAGAGGGUGGUGGUGGCAAUUCUACUACACCCUCUAGCGGCAAUAAAUAUUAAUUUAAUGUGAUAAGAUGUUUAGCAAAUAAUUCCAUGGCCAGUAAAACCUAAUAAAUGAAAAAAAAAAAAGAAUGAGUCAGAAUAUAAGGAUCUAUAGUACUAGAAAAUUUAUUUCUUUUUGAAAUAUUUAGUACUUUUGAAACAAUUAUUAUGUUUGUUUUAGUUUUUUAAUAUAAAUCACAGUUUAUUUUAUUUAUUGACAACUUUUUAAUUAAGUUUUUAUUUUAAUUUAAUUUAAUUCCAAAGGAUAUUCGUUACUUAGCAUAUACGUACUUAAUACUGUUAUUGAUGUAGGUAAGUUAAAUAAGAUAUUAAGAACUAAGUCGGAAAAGUGUUAUAAUAUUAUGAAGAAAAAAAAAAAGAAUUUUAAAGAACAAUCCGCGAUCGCCUGAGGUACUAUUAUAAGAUCAAGGGGCUCAUGGAUGUUUUAUUGUGUUUUACAUUUACUUAAGUUAUAUUAAAGUGUUCUUAAAUGCCUUAUUGUGAUUUGAAUUUAAUAAAGUUAUAUCUAACUGUCA